AUGGCUUGUUCCCAUUUCCAGCUUACUUCACUUGGUUUCACAAGUACUGCUCUCUAUUAUCUACCAAAGUUUUCACGAAGUCAUGAACGGUGUAAUAAGAACAAUAGUAAUGUUCACAAGUGCUCACACAUGAUCAGCAACAUCAAAGCUCAACACUUGGACUCUUCUUCUUCUUCAUCAACAAUAACUAAGCGUAGAUCUGCCAAUUUUCCACCAACUAUAUGGACCAAUGAUUAUCUUCAAUCCUUAAAGGAUGAUCAUUUCUUGCAAGGAGGAGGAUAUGGUGCUCAGGAAGAGCAAUUUACAUCGAGGAUUGAAAAGUUCAAAGAUGCUACAAAAUAUUUGUUUCAUGAAAACAAAGGUAUCAUCGAUCAAUUAAAGCUCAUUGACACUGUAAGGCAGCUUGGAGUUGCAUAUCACUUUGAGAGAGAGAUCAAGGAUGCCAUUGGAACCAUAUAUGUUUUACUGGACAAAAACAUUGAUAUCUUAAAGGAUGAUUUAUUUGCCACCUCACUGCUCUUUAGGCUUCUAAGAGAACAUGGUUUCAAGAUUUCACAAGGAGUUUUUGAUGGAUUCAAAGAUGAAAAUGGUAACUUCCAAUUGAGCCUUUGCAAUGACAUAAAAGGAAUGCUUAGCUUGUACGAGGCCUCUCAUCUUGUCAUGAAAGGAGAGGAUACAUUGGAUAAAGCUAGGGUAUUCUCAACAAAACACCUUGAGACCAUAAUGGAGGAAAAAGACUUAGAUAGCAUACUCAAGGAGCAUAUAAAACAUGCUUUAGAGCUGCCAAUGCAUUGGAGAAUAUCAAGGUUGCACACUUAUUGGUUCAUUGGUAUGUACGAGAAGGAAGACAACAUGAACCCUAAUUUGUUAGAGUUUGCCAAAUUAGACUUCAACAUGCUCCAAAGUAUAUACAAAAGAGAGCUCAAGCAAUGUUCUCGGUGGUGGGCUACUCUCAAUCUUCUUGACGAUGAUUUAAGUUUCCCGAGAGACAGAUUAGUCGAAAACUUCUUAUUUGCCAUGGGAUGGGUAUCUAAUCCAAAAUUCUCUUUCUACCGCCAGACUCUUACCCAAGUUAAUUGUCUGAUAACAACUAUAGAUGACAUUUAUGACAUCUAUGGAUCUCUUGAUGAACUUGAGCUUUUUACUUCUGCUGUUGAUAGAUGGGAUGUUAAUGACAUAGAUUACCUUCCAAAGUACAUGAAGAUGUGUUUUCUAGGACUCUUCAACACAACAAAUGAUACUGCAUACAAGGUCCUCAAAUUGAGGAAUGUUAACUGCAUUCCAUACCUAAAAAAAUCAUGGCUAGAAUUGUGCAAAGCUUAUUUGGUGGAGGCAAAGUGGGCACACAAUAAUUAUAAACCAAAUACAAAGGAGUACUUGGAUAAUGCAUGGAUUUCAAUUGGGACAUUUCCUAUUUUUUUUCAUUCAUUUUUUGGGAUAAGUGAAGCUGUAUCAAUGGAAGCUUUGGAAAGUCUAGAGAAUUUUCCAAUUGUAAUGCAGCGAUCGUUUCUAAUUCUUCGCCUUUGCAAUGAUCUUGGAACUUCAACGGAAGAGGUCAAUAGAGGUGAUGUCAACAAAUCCAUCCAAUGUUACAUGAAUGAGAAAGGUGUUUCAGAGAUUAUUGGGAGGAAGUACAUAAAAGACCUUAUACGAGAAACAUGGAAGCAACUAAAUACAAAUAUCUUCACAAUGAAUUCUCCAUUUGAUGCAUCUUUAAAUAAUUUGGCAAUGAAUAUUGCACGUACAUCACAUUGCAUCUACCAAAAUGGAGAUGGAUAUGGCAUACCAAAUUAUAAGACCCAGAAUAGGGUUUUAUCACUUCUGAUUGAACCCAUUCCCCUUGGUAAAAUGUAA